UAUAUGCGCUUAUAUACUAAAUGCACUUGGCUCAAAGGCAAAGGAAACGCAACAGCCGGAGACGAAGAUGUCGUUUAGCCGAGAUGCGUUCGCGUUCGCGUUGCCUUUCGCUUUGGCCUUUUCUGCCUGCUGUUCGGCCACCCUCGGCUAUUUCUGGCCACGCACUCGCGUCACAACAAUCGUCCAGCCAGCACGUGCAGCAAGGAGCGCUGCUCCUGUCGACUUGGCCUCGGUUUGUGCAUUUACAUUUGCAUUGGUUUAAACAAUCAAUUCAGAAAAAAAAAGACAACAGAAAAAUCAAAUAGACAAAAACAAAUCGGUAAGAAGUUAACUAAUCAAUUGAGAGGCGUGCAAUUUGCAACAAGUUGGGUGCUGCACAGGACCCAGACAGCACGCCCACCCACAGCCGCUGGCCCAGCGACUGACCUUGGCCUAGUUGGCCCUGCGCACAGCAACAGCCACUUAAGGGUUAAUUGCAUUUGGCUGCUUGCAGCUGCGGCACAUGGUUGAGGAGAUUGGCUGUCUCAGACAAACUGGCGGUAUCGGCAUUCUCGCUGGCAUGCCCACUCCGAGCACUUCGUCUGCAACUGGCAGCACUGCUGCCGUCGCCGCUGGUGUCUCCGGUCCAAAUACCGGAACUGGGACCACCCAUCAUCAGCAUCAGCAUCAGCAGCAUCAUCAGCAGCAUCAUCAGCAGCAGCAACAUCAGCACCAGCAGCAGCAGCAGUUCCAUCAUCAUCAGCAGCAUCAGUUGGCCAGCAAUAUGAGCAUGUUGAAUGUCAAGAGCGGCGCUGGCGGUCGCUAUCUCUGGACAGAUCGGGAGCUGCUCAUGCAUCUACAGAACUAUACGCCGCUCAUAUUGCUAAUCGAUUUUGUGGAGAAGACACGCACCAAGCGCUUCUAUGAGAGCUCCGAACGCUACGAGAUACUCAUGCUGGUGUUCAUCAUGCGCAAGGGUGCGCCAUUUUGUGAGAAUAAACGCUUUCCGGCCGAAUAUUGGGUGAAUCUGUCCGUUGGUCCCGUUGCCGAGGCCUUUGAUCGUCUGCAGGCGGCCAUCGAUGUACCCGAUCCCCAGAUGCCCAUACACAUGAGCGUCACGGAUUUGACCACAUGGAAGGAGAUGUUCGAUGGCGCCAUGAUUGACAUACGGCGCUUUGCUUACCACACCGAUCCCAUGCAGCUGGCCGAUGUGGGUGUCUACAAUCGCAUCACGUUCGAGCAGCGCUUUGCCAUGCAGUGGCAGGAAUAAAUGUAGCUGCAGCUUGACCUUGGAGCUAUUGGGCUGGUCUAUGGGUCAGGCGCACGGUUGCCAAAUUCUAUGCUAAUAUAACAAGAAUAGCACAUUAUUAGUGCAAUUUUCCUCUGUUUCUUUUUAUUUAUUUGAUUGU